CCUCGAUCUGUGUUUUGUCCGUGCUAAAGCAACGCUAGAGCGCUGUCCAACGCCCAAUCCCUCUGAUUGACGCAGCUAAGUACGUAGCAUCACAGAAUCACGACAAUGGCAACGCAGAAUCAAGACCGUCUGCGCUCGCUCUUCCAGUCCAUCCCCGCGACUCAGCACGCCGAAGGCUGGGAUUCGCUCUGGGAGGAUGCCUCCUUCCUGCCCUGGGACCGUGGACACGCGAAUCCCGCUCUCAUCGACCUUCUUAGUGCGGGACUGUCCUCGUCUCUCGAUUACCCGCCGACAUCUGACACUAAGAACCCAACGCCCGGCGCACCAGAGGUUGGUAAGAUAGGGCAAAUUGAUUUUCCACCUCCAGUGAAGAGCGAUGGGAUGAGGUUGAGGGUGCUGGUACCGGGAUGUGGGAAGGGGUAUGAUGUAGCCUUAUUUGCUGCACAUGGUUAUGAUGCUUAUGGCUUGGAAGUAUCUGCGCAUGCUACUCAGGCUGCGAAGAGGUACGUAGGAGAGGCGGGGGAUGGACCGCUGGAGGGAGAGUAUAUCGCUGCCAGGGCAGUGGGGCCAUGGAAUAAGGAUGCAAAGAGAGCCAUCGUAUCGGGGGAUUACUUUGACGAUGCAUGGUUGGGAGAAAUUAAAGGCUGGGAAGCUGAAAAAGGGUUCGAUGUGAUUUACGACAACACUUUUCUAUGCGCCCUUCCUCCCUCUCUGCGUCCCCGCUGGGCAGCUCGAACCGCGUCGCUCCUCGCCCCUUCAGGGUCAUUGAUCUGCCUCGAAUUUCCAACACACAAACCUGCAUCAUCGGGCGGCCCGCCCUGGUCGCUGCCUCCGACUGUGCACGCUGAGUUGCUGAAGCGGCCAGGGGAGGAUAUUGAGUACAACGAUGCAGGAGUGGUAGUUGCGAGCGAUCGACCGGAGGCGGAGAAUGCACUAGUGAGGGUGGCGCAUUAUACACCGUGGCGGACGCACAGCAUAGGUGUUGUCCAAGGCGUGACCAGGGAUUGCGUGAGUAUUUGGCGGCAGAAAUCAUAGAAAUACACUUCUCGAUUUUGUCUGGCCUUCAGCCC